CGACUGGGCUGGGACGGGGGCGAGCCCCUGAUUAGAAGUGAUGGAAUGCCCAGAGAUGGAAACUGGCUCACUUUUUCCCACAAGAAUUAAGAGACAUGUGAAAGACAAAAGAAUUUCAAAGACUGCUAAAUUGAAUGUUUCUCUUGCUUCAAAAAUUAAAACAAAAAUACUAAACAAUUCUUCUAUUUUCAAAAUCUCUUUAAAGCACAACAACAGGGCAUUAGCUCAAGCUCUUAGUAGAGAAAAAGAGAAUUCUCGAAGAAUUACAACUGAAAAAAUGCUAUUGCAAAAAGAAGUGGAGAAACUGAAUUUCGAGAACACAUUUCUUCGCCUGAAGCUAAAUAACUUGAAUAAGAAGCUUAUAGAAAUAGAAGCUCUCAUGAAUAAUAAUUUGAUAACUGCCAUUGAAAUGAGUAGUCUUUCCGAGUUCCAUCAGAAUUCCUUUCAACUGCCAGCCAGUGAGAAGAAACGGAUUAGUAAAUGGUGCAAGUCGAUGCGUCUUCCAUUUGCAAGAGUUCCAUUAACUUCAAGUGAUGACGAUGAGGACAAAGAGAAUAUGCAGUGUGACAACAAUAUUAAAUCAAGGACAUCAUCUGAUAGCCCCUCUUCAGUAUCAACAGCACUACCUUUAUUGACUCAAUAUAAUUUGGAAAUGUCAUCUCUUAAAGAAAAUAAUCAAAAUGUGUGGGGUUCAAAUGAUUCAAAAUAUACUUCUAUUGAUGUACGUUCCAAAGAGAGCCAUUAUCACUCAGACCAAAGUUCCAAGAGUUCUCUGAUGAAUGAGAUGAAAGAUGCCUCAUCUAUUGGCCACAGAUGGGACAGACCAUCUCCUAGUAAUGUGACUGAAAGAAAGAAGCGUGGGUCAUCUCAGGAGUCAAAUAAUCUCUCUGCAGACACUCCUCAUGUGAUAGAUUUAGAUCAACAACAGAUUUCAAGUUCAGAAUUAAAUUGGAAUGAGAUAAACAAUUGUAUUAAAGAAAAGAGUACUACGAUGCAAAGAAAUACACCACAUUUUCCUGGCUUAUCUUCUGAGUCUGUUGAUGAACGUAAUGCAGAGUACAGGAAUCAAGUUCAAGACAAUGAUGACCUUCAAUUGCAGAAAACUGUGUAUGAUGCUGACAUGGAUUUAACUGCCAGUGAAGUAAGUAAAAUUGUGACAGUUUCAACAGGCACUAAAAAUAAAAGUAGCAAUGAAACAAAGGAGGGUGCAAUGAAAACUUUCAGAAAAGUGAAAGAUUCAAGCUCUGAAAAAAGGAAAGAAAGAUCGAAGAGACAAUUUGAAAAUAGUUGUGAUGUAGAUAUAGAUAAAAAGAUUGAAAAUGGACUUGAAAGAAGAUCUGUUGUCCUGGAUGACAAAAGGGAUUCAGAAGAUCCAGAUUUUAUUUUCAGUACAGAACAACUGACCGAGGCUGACAUCCUGAAGAAAAUAACCCCUUGUAAUGACUUUCAUCAAGAUGACAGACAAAAUACACAGUGUAAUAAAAAGAAGAAAAGAAUAUAUGUAAUAAAUAAGCCAGAAAAAGCACACUCCUCCCAAAGUUCAGAUAAAUUCCAGCAGGAAAGUAAAUUUGAUAUGGGUCAGAAUUCCCUAACUUGUAAUAAAAGGAAGGCUUCUAGACAGACAUUUAUGAUUCAUAAGUUAGAAAAAGAUAACUUAUUCCCAAACCAAAGGGAUGAAGUAACCAUUUCUGAAAAUCUGGAAGUCACAAAUGAAUUUCAAACAGCAAAUGUUUCCGUCAAAGAUAAUGGAAAUUUAUGUGAUUAUGAGACCCAGAAUAGGUUGGAUUUGAAUGAGUAUGUCACUGAUAUGCAACCUCCUGAGCAAAAUGAAUCAAAAAUAAAUAAGCCUAGGAAGAGAAUAAAUCGGAGGACAGAAGUAAUUUUUGAAAUGAACCAAAUACAUGAGGAUAAUGAUAAAGAUGUGUAUGGCCUAAAAGAACGUGAUGUUUUCUUCCAGGAGGAUAAAGAAACUAUCUCUGGAAACCUAGAAGUUGCAGAUGAGUUUCUAAUCCCUUCUCUCUUCACCAGAGAUAAUGAAAACCUAUGUAAUUGUGAGACCCAGGAUAUACUGAGUUUGCAAAAACACAUCACUGAUAUAUACCCUGUUCAGCAAAAUGAAUCAAGAGUUAAUAAGCUUAGGCAGAAAAUAAAUCAGAAGACAGAAAUAAUUUCUGAAGUAAAUAAUUUAGGUAGCAACAAAAGUGAGUAUUGUCCAGUAAAGGGUAACUCUUUCUUUCCAACCCAAAAAGGUAAAGAGAUCAUCCCUAAAGAAGCCAUUUCUGAAAAUCUGCAAGUCACAAGGGAAUUUCAGACAGCUGAUCUUCCUAUCAAAGAUAAUGGAAAUUUAUGUCAUUAUGAAAACCAAAAAAUAUUGGCGUUGAAUAAGCAUGUCACUGAUGCACAACCUGCUGAACAAAAUGAACCAAACGUUAAUAAGAAGCUUAGGCAGAAAGUAAAUCGGAAGACCAAAGUAAUUUCUGAAAUUAACCAAAUAAAUGAGAAUAAUGAUAAAGGUAUGCAUGGCCGUGAAAGCUACACAGAAGAUCUAGAUUUUAAAAUGAGUAAACCUAAACAAAGACUUGAAUGCCAUGCGAUUAUCAGUGGAUAUUCAGUGGAAAUCAAUAGUAAUGAAAAGGAAAGUUGUGAUCAAAUUUUAGAUUCUUAUAAACCAGUAAAAAAAUGUAAGAAAGAAUCAUCAGGCAAGGCAAAGAACAUGUUCACAAAAGGUAAGAACAAACCUAUUUUGCAGUUAACAGACUCUUCAGAGAUAACAGUCUCCUUAGAAUCUGAUUUAAAACAUGUUGCUAAAGAAGUGGGUUCUGAUCCAGGUAACCCAGUUGAAUUACAUAAAACUCAGAAACAGAGCACUACACCUCUGAAUAAUAAAAGAGAGACCCACUUUGUGGAAAUGACAACAGAAGGAGAGUGCCAGGUCAAAAAAGUGAAUAAAAAGAUAUCCAAAUCCAAAAAAAGGAAAACCUUUGUAGACCCUUCUCCAGAGAGUCUUGAAGUAAUACUUACCACCACUCCGGGAAAAUCAGUUGACUGUGAUCAAGUCGAAAAGGAAAACAAUGUGGAAAAUGGGAAAAUGGUCAAAAGGAAGCCAGACUCGUGCACAAAGAUGUUUAAAUCUCUAUCUCCCACACAUUCACCUCCCACACCAGAUUCUUCCUUUGACAGUGUUGCUGAAGGUUCAGUACCUUUGAGUAUUUCUUCUGGCAGAAAUCUGAUAAUAAAAGAAAGUUUUGACCUCGACUGCUCAACAGUCUUUCUAGUGACUGAUGUCACGCGUGAGAAGAUGAACAAGAUGAAACGUAAUACCAGCCACAGAGCACACAAGUCGGGAAUAGGUGAUAGACCAUUACAGGAUUUGACAAAUACCACAUUGAUUUCAAAUAACACAGCUGAAUCUGAAAAUAAGUCAGAAGAUGUAUCAUCAGAGCUGCCAAGCAGAAGGAGAAGAUGUGUUCCUCUCCAUUACAAAGAGCCGAACCUCCGAGACAAGAUGAGAAGAUGAAGUAAAUUUAUGGAUUCUG